AUGGAGAAUGAACAAGUAAAUGUUUCAUUAUGCAUUUUGAUCGCUAAGUUUGCAGAGGAAUCAAAACAUUAUGAGUGGCUUUUUAAGCACAAAGAGGUAACAAACUUUUAUAUAUGGAGGAAAUUGGCAAUGAUGAUGUUUCUAGAAGUGGAAGAUAAUGAACAGGAUCAAUAUUACAUGCUCAUUGAUAGGUCCAAAUUGUUGGUAGACUCGUUCGAGUAUAUUGCCAAACUCAAAAAUAUGCCUCGCACUUUCUUUGUGGAAUUCAAAGAGGAACAAGCUAUUGGGCCUGGUGUGUUGAUGGCAUGGUUCUUACUAGCAUCCCAGGAGAUUUUCAACCCAAACAACACACUUUUUGUUGCUUGCCUAGACGAUAAGAGAAGCUUUUUCCCAAAGAUGACUGCGUUGGCCUUAGCAUAUUAUCUUCAAAUCAGAGUUGGUUUUGAUCGAGUAUAUUUCUUGCAAUUGGAUGGAAAUGGUGUAUUAUUGGAGGACAUUAGGGAUGUGGAUCCAUUCUUGUACCGUGGCUGCAAGGAGAUACUAAAUAUGGAUGCAGACAAAGUGGAUCAAGAUGUGUUAGGCUUAAAAUUUGUUUGUGAAGUUGAGUCGUUGGGUUUGAGGAGAGAAAUAGAGCUCUAUCCCAAUGGAAAAGAUACCGUUGUGGACAGCAAGAACAGGGAGACCUAUGUUAAUCUGCUUAUCCAACAUCACUAUGUAACAUCACUAGCAGAUCAGCUCACGUAUUUCUUAGAAGGCUUUUCAAAUGUAAUAACUAUUUCAAGGCUCCCAUCUUUCUUACGGUGUCUUAGUCUUGAUGAUUUCAACUUGAUGCUUGGUCGUAGAAGUGAUAUUUCUGUCGAAGAUUGGAAAGCACAUAUUGAUUACCAUGGCUAUGAAGAAAUUGAUCUUCAAAUAUACUGGUUUUGGAAGGUAUACUGA